ACGAACAACGCACGGAACGAGGGAGGGAGGAACCCGGACGCCCAAAAAUCCCCCCACCCCCAGCGCGGCAAUGCCGUCAUGUGCCCGCAUCUCCUCCGCCGUCUCCACCGCCGCCGCAUCCUCCUCCUCGCCGCCGCCGCAUCCUCCUCGCUGCCGCCGCCUCGCCGCCGCCACGGCGCGCGUGCGGGAGGGGACGCUCCGCCCUGAGGAAGCACACGACCUGCUCGACGAGUUGCAGCGUCGAGGCACGCCCGUUCUCGAGCGCGAUCUGAACGGCUUCCUCGCGGCGCUCGCGCGUGCGCCGUCCUCCGCCGCCUGCAGGAGUGGCCCUGCCCUCGCCGUCGCGCUCUUCAACCGCGCGGCGUCUCGGGCUCAAGGACCGCGGGUGCUGUCCCCCACAUCCCACACCUACGCCAUCCUCAUGGACUGCUGCACCCGCGCGCACCGCCCAGAGCUAGCGCUGGCCUUCUUCGGCCAGCUCCUCAGGACAGGCUUGCGCGUCAAUAUCAUCAUCGCUAACCACCUUCUCAAGGGCUUUUGUGAAGCGAAGCGGACAGACGAGGCUUUGGACAUCCUUCUCCACAGAACGCCUGAGUUGGGCUGUGUGCCCGAUGUUUUCUCGUACAGCAUACUUCUGAAGAGCCUCUGCGACCAAGGAAAGAGUGGCCAGGCAGAUGAUUUGCUACGGAUGAUGGCUGAAGGGGGAGCUGUCUGCUCGCCCGACGUGGUUGCCUACAGUACAGUAAUCGACGGCUUCUUUAAGGAGGGUGACGUAAAUAAAGCAUGUGAUCUAUUCAAAGAAAUGGUACAGCGGGGCAUUCCACCUGAUUUUGUGACUUAUAGCUCUGUGGUUCAUGCCCUGUGUAAGGCAAGAGCAAUGGACAAGGCAGAGGCUUUCCUUCGACAAAUGGUCAAUAAAGGUGUUCUGCCAAAUAACUGGACAUAUAAUAACUUGAUAUAUGGAUACUCCUCCACAGGACAGUGGAAGGAGGCAGUUAGGGUAUUUAAAGAAAUGAGAAGACACAGCAUCUUACCAGAUGUUGUUACUUUGAGCAUGUUGAUGGGUUCCCUUUGCAAGUAUGGAAAAAUCAAGGAAGCUAGAGAUGUUUUUGACACAAUGGCAAUGAAGGGCCAAAAUCCUAAUGUUUUCUCCUACACCAUUAUGCUCAACGGGUACGCUACUAAAGGAUGUCUAGUUGAUAUGACAGAUCUCUUCGAUUUGAUGCUAGGUGACGGUAUUGCACCUGUCAUUUGUACUUUUAAUGUGCUGAUCAAGGCAUAUGCAAACUGUGGAAUGCUAGAUAAGGCUAUGAUCAUCUUCAAUGAAAUGAGAGACCAUGGAGUGAAACCUGAUGUGGUAACCUAUACGACAGUGAUUGCUGCCCUCUGCAGAAUCGGUAAGAUGGAUGAUGCUAUGGAAAAAUUUAAUCAGAUGAUUGAUCAAGGAGUAGCACCUGAUAAAUAUGCAUGCCAUUGCCUGAUUCAAGGUUUUUGUACUCAUGGUAGUUUACUGAAAGCCAAGGAAUUGAUUUUGGAAAUAAUGAAUAAUGGCAUGCGUCUUGAUAUUGUUUUCUUCAGUUCGAUAAUUAACAACCUUUGCAAACUGGGAAGGGUAAUGGAGGCACAAAAUAUAUUUGACUUAACUGUAAAUGUUGGUCUGCAUCCUACUGCUGUGGUGUAUAGUAUGCUGAUGGAUGGGUACUGUCUUGUUGGCAAGAUGGAGAAAGCAUUAAGAGUAUUUGAUGCUAUGGUGUCAGCUGGCAUUGAACCAGACGAUGUAGUGUAUGGUACACUUGUUAAUGGCUAUUGUAAAAUUGGAAGGAUUGAUGAAGGAUUGAGUCUUUUCAGAGAAAUGCUGCAAAAGGGAAUAAAGCCUUCAACUAUUUUAUACAACAUCAUAAUUGAUGGGUUAUUUCAGGAUGGGAGAACAGUUCCUGCAAAGGUGAAAUUCCAUGAAAUGACAGAAAGUGGUAUCGCUAUGGACAUAUGUACAUACAACAUAGUUCUUCGUGGACUUUUUAAAAAUAGAUGCUUUGAUGAAGCAAUCUUUCUUUUCAAAGAAUUACGUGCAAUGAAUGUAAAGAUCAAUAUCAUAACUCUCAAUACCAUGAUAGCUGGAAUGUUUCAAACCAGGAGAGUUGAAGAAGCUAAGGAUCUGUUUGCUUCUAUCUCGAGAAGUGGGCUGGUGCCUAGUGUUGUGACUUACAAUAUAAUGAUCACAAAUCUUAUAAAAGAAGGAUUGGUGGAAGAGGCAGAAGAUAUGUUUUCAUCCAUGCAGAAUGCUGGCUGUGAGCCCAAUUCUCGAUUGCUGAAUCAUGUAGUCAGGGAAUUACUAAAGAAAAAUGAAAUAGUCAGGGCUGGAGCUUACCUGUCCAAGAUUGACGAGAGGAAUUUCUCACUUGAACAUUUAACCACAAUGUUGCUGGUCGAUCUCUUCUCAAGCAAAGGAACUUGUAGGGAACACAUAAGAUUUCUCCCUGCAAAGUAUCAUUUUCUUGCAGAGGCCAGUCCGUGAUUGAUAUGUUGAUUUUCUU